AUGCAAGCGACAAACCACACCAGGCUGUCACAGUUCCUGCUGUUGGGCCUCUCAGAGGAUCCAGAUGUUCAGUCCAUUCUCUUUGGACUGUUCCUGUCCAUGUACCUGGUUACAGUACUUGGGAACCUGCUCAUCAUCUUGGCUGCCACCUCUGAUUCCCACCUCCACACCCCCAUGUACUUCUUCCUCUGUAAUCUGUCCUUUGUUGACAUUGGCUUCAUCUCCACCACAGUCCCAAAGAUGCUGUUGAACAUUCAGGAACAGAAAAAAGACAUCUCUUAUUUAGAGUGCAUCACUCAAGCAUACUUUUUUAUGAUUUUUUUUGGAGUGGAUGAUUUCCUACUGACAGUGAUGGCUUAUGACCGCUAUGUGGCCAUCUGUUAUCCCCUGAAAUACACACUCAUCAUGAACUCUCGGUUCUGUGGCCUCCUCGUUCUAAUGUCCUGGUUCAUCAUCUUAUGGGUAGCUCUGAUUCAUAUUCUCAUGCUGAUGCAACUCACCUUCUCUAUGGACACUGUUAUCCCUCAUUUCUUCUGUGAACUGCCUCAGGUUCUCAAGGUGGCCAGCUCUGAUGCCCUAAUCAAUAACAUCUUUCUAAAUGUGCUAGCUGUCCUACUGGGUGUAUUUCCUGUCUCUGGGAUCAUCUUCUCUUACUCUCAGAUUGUCUCUUCUUUAAUGAAGAUGUCCUCCACUGCAAGCAGGUAUAAAGCAUUUUCCACCUGUGGGUCUCACCUCUGUGUGGUCUCCUUGUUCUAUGGAACAGGACUUGGUGUGUACCUCAGCUCUGCUGUAACCCAGUCUUCCAAGGAAAACUCAUUGGCCUCUGUGAUGUACACUGUAGUGACCCCCAUGCUGAACCCUUUCAUCUAUAGCCUGAGGAACAAGGAUGUGAAGGAGGCCCUGGGCAGACUCCUCAGCAGAGUCAAAAGGAAUCAGAGUGUGGAAGGGAAGUAA